AUGGCCGCCACGGCCGCGUCCGGGGCGCGCCGGAAACGGCGCCGUGACGGGACAGGGGCGGGGCCGGAGAACAGCGGGGCGGGACUGGGCGGGGCCAGGGACAGCGGGGCGGGGCCCGGGGCGGGACUGGGCGGGGCCGGGGGACAGCGGGGCGGGGCCCGGGGCAGGACUGGGCGGGGCCGGGGCACAGAGGGGCGGGGCCCGGGGCGGGACUGGGCGGGGCCGGAGGACAGCGGGGCGGGGCUUGGGGCAGAGAGGCGGGGCCCGGGACGAGACCGGGCUGGACCGGGACGAGAGCGGGGCGGGGCCGGGGACAGCGGGGCGGGACCGGGACGAGAGCGGGCGGGACCGGGACGAGAGAGGGACGAGACCGGGCGGGACCGGGGACAGCGGGGCGGGACCGGGACGAGAGCGGGCGGGACCUGGGACGAGACCAGAUCUGGUCGUGGAUGA